UAUUCAAUAAUUGAAGAUCCAAGUAUAUAUCAUUUUGUGCCACAACAUGUUAUUAAAAUUUGGCUAUAUUUAACAUGGGGACCAUAGUAUUGAAAGAAGCUUAUCAAAUACAGAUAUGAAAGAGAUCCAACCUUCAUUUGGUUGUUUUCUUGUGAGUUGUUGAAUGUUGAUACUAUGCAUAUUUUGAUAGUGAUGGGAAAAACAAGCAAAUGGCUUAGGAAUCUUUUGAAAGGGAAGAAAGACAAAGAAAAAGAGAAAGAAAAUUGUGGAAAUGGAACUGAAAAUCCUACUACUCCAAUCUCAACAACACCAAAGGAGAAAAGAAGAUGGAGUUUCAGAAGAUCAUCAGCUUCCAAGGAGAUGAAUGUUGCAGAAUCAAGUGUCACUUCUUCAGUGACAUUACAAAGUGUUGCUAUAGAUUCUCAGAAUUAUGAGAGGAAGCAUGUCUUGGAUGUUGCUGCUGCUGAUGGUGUAAUCUUCUUGAAUUCUUGUUCCAAUGGAGGAACUAGAAGGAGUAUUCAAGAGGCUUCUGCCAUUAAAAUUCAAUCUGUCUUUAGAUCCUACUUGGCAAGAAAGGCAUUAUGUGCUCUUAGAGGAAUAGUGAAGCUGCAAGCACUAGUAAGAGGUCACUUGGUGAGAAAACAAGCAACAGAGACACUAAGAUGCAUGCAAGCUUUGGUCAUAGCACAAGCAAGAGCUUGUGCUCAAAGGGCUAGAAUGUUGUCAGAAGAAAAGACUAAUCAAAAGCAUUCUCCCUACAGAAAAACCAGAGAGGACAAUUUAUUCAUGCAUGUGUAUAAUGAAAUGGACAGAGGCUUUGAAGAGAAUAUAAAGACAGUGGAGAUGGAUGUAUGUGAAUCCAAAGGUAACACAAGAGGCAGAAACAACACUGCAAAUCAUGAACAUCAUGAAUUGUCUGAACACAGAUUUUCUGCAUAUUACUCGCCAAUUGGUUCAUACUCGAAGAAAGAAUCACCAACACCAUCAGCACUAACAGAUUCAAGCCCAAGAGCAUGCAGUGGACAUUUUGAGGAUUGUUCCCUCAGUACAGCACAGAACAGUCCCUAUUACUACUCAGCUGUUUCAAGAGUAGAUAAUUCAAAGCUUCCUUUUGCUUUCACUAGACAAUCCUAUGAAGAAUCCAUUCCCAAUGACUAUCCAUUAUUUCCAAAUUACAUGGCUAACACAGAAUCAUCAAGAGCUAAAGUCAGAUCACAAAGUGCACCGAAGCAAAGGCCGGACAUGUACGAGAGACAACCGAGUCGGCGAAGAGCUUCUGUGGAAGGAAGAAAUGUUCCAAGGCCAGUGAGGAUGAUGAGGUCAUCUUCACAGGUUGGUGUCACUGCACAAAACUACCAAUAUCCAUGGUCAAUAAAGCUUGAUAGGUCCUUAGUUUCACUCAAUGAGAGUGAGGGUGGUGGCUCCACAAGUACAGUACUAACAAACUCUAACUACUGCAAAUCUCUUGUUUCAUAUAGUCCUCAUGGACCAAGGUAUUGACAAUGCACCUUCCACAAAAACAAAGAGUAGAUCCAUUUUGCAGGAACUGCAAAAGUCUAGAGCUCUUCUCCUUGUACACUUUUGAACAAAUAAUAGACUUGGUCCUAAAAAAUCUAGAGUCCUUGUAAGGGAUUUAAUUGCAGUUCAAGUUUCUGAAAAGGUUUAUUCUUCUAUGAACAAUGUGAGAAAUGUUUCUUGUGCCAAAUCGUGAAUUACAAUGUGAGAAAAUACUUUAAAAUGAACUGUGUAUAAAUUUUCCAAGUGAGGUAUUUCCUAACAGCAAUUAUUCUCCAACAAUGCUUAGUUUUUGGUUAAAGUGGACUACUUUUUCCUGAUUCUCUUUUGUGUAAGAAAUAGAAAAAUGAGGAAUGGUGUUUUAUUAAA